CCUAGUUUCCCACUGUUCAACAGCUAAUAUAAGACACUGCAUGGAUCACUUGUAAUCAGAUUUUUUCAGGACCAGCCAGUUUGCAGACACUCUGACAGAGAUCAGAUCUGCCACCAUGGGACAGAAACAGAUGGGACACACUCUGCCAGCUGAAACUACCUGCAAGGAUUCUAUGAUAGAUAUGGGCCAGGACAGGUCUGCCCUCAUCCUCAUCAAACACUGCCGGGACAUGAAGCAGCAAGAGAUGUGCCUCAGACUCAUCACUCUGUUUCUGCUGCUCAUCUGUACAGCACUGUUCAUUUUCAUGAAUGGAGCUAUUUUAAGGCAGCGUGGAAUCUCUGGAUCCAAUGGCCAAGAGAGCACAGCUGAGCAAAGUCCAGCCUACUCCAAGCAGUGCCCUGCAGACAAUACUUCCAAGAACUCACAAAGACUGCGCAUUCAUCUCACGCCUGUGACUAUAGGCAACGUCAGCAGUAAAGUAUACAUGAAAUGGAAUGUCAAAUUUGGUGAAAAUUACAAUGAAGAGAAACGUGCCAUUGUGAUUCCAAAGACGGACUACUAUUUUGUCUAUGUGAGGAUUACUUUAAAUUGCCACAAUUUGGAAGAAGAUGGCAAAUUCCAGAAAUUCGGCUUAUACCUGCACAACUGGAAUAAAGGUUACCCCCAGGCUGUAGAGCUGACACACGUCUGGGAUGGUGUAUUUUGCACUCUAGGAGGGUACAGGAGUGUGUUUGUUGGGCAGCUCUUCGAUUUGUUGGAAGGUGAUCAUGUGAGCGUGUGGAUUGCAGAGGGCUACGAACUGAUCAGCAGAUCAUCAUUUGGUGCUUAUCUCGCAUAGAGAACACAGCUUUAUGAGAAUAUGCCUUUUUGCCUUUUUUGUGUACUCGUUGUGUUUCGAUUAAACAGAUAUUCUGGGGUUACUUUGCUUUGCAUGUUUUAAAUGGUUUAAAUUAACUGAUUAACUAGGUAUGAAAGAUAUUCAGUAUAAACAAAUGACAAAUUACAGGUUGGUUUUUAACGAGUAAUGAGAUAGCUUUGCCUCUACUACAGGGAUGUCCAAAGUACAGCCCAGGGGCCAAUCACGGCCCAAAGCUUCAUUUUUUUAAUAUAUUAUUUAUGGCCUGCUAGGAUUGUCAGAUACUGUAUGGCUGGAAGAUUUGGCUUUUUUUUACUGACACAAUGAAGCAUUUGGAUGUGGAACAUAACUGAAGAGAGGACAUAACUGCUGCUGUUAUAUAUCUGUAGAUGUGACACAAAAUAUUAUUUUCUGAAU